UAUGCUCGAUGCAUCUUUACAGCACAGUUUGCAACUGGAUUUUGAGAGGAAACCAUUAAACUGACACAAAGGUUCUGCAAGACUGGAAUAAAAAAGGCAAUAUUGGAUAAAAACAGAUAUUUUCUCUUUUAUAUAAGUAUUUUGUAUUUUAAAAAUGGGCUGUUCUCCAUCAAAAGGAAAGUUACUUUUAAAACCAGAACAAUUUGGAAUUCAGAAGGCUCUGGUCACUGAAGUAUCACAGGAGGGUGUGGAUUGUGGACAUGCCCUGAUGGAGGAUUCCUGUCUAAAACCUCAAGACAAGAAGGAGGAUCCACCACUACUCACUCAUGAGCUUUGUACAAAAAAAACUUCAUUGAUUCAGCUGGACUCUGACCUGACGUUGCCUGAAAAUGCACUGGAUAUUAAGGAAGCAGAAGUUAAUGAAUUGCCCCAGGAAAUAAUUAGUCAUGUCAUGCAAAAAAAUACAAUUCAAAAGACGGAGACCCAAAAGAAGAAUGUCAAGAAGAGAUCUACCGAAAGGCAGAGAAAGACUUUUGCUGUCCAAACAAAAGUGAACUUCCCACCUCUUAUGGUGAGGGCUCACCAGGCAGCCUACAGUUUCCUGAAUCCAAAUAUCUCCAAAUAUGAAACUCUUCUGGGGCUGCUAGAUCAGGCUACCCAGACACAACUGUCCCUCCAGCCUAUCAUUUCUGUUUUGGGGUUGUACUUUGAGGAAAUCAACCAGGCACUGGAGGAGAUGGCUGAAGAGGGGGAGCUGAUGGUUAAGGAGCACGGGGACAGCAUAACCUUACCAUCUGGGAUGUUGAGUCAAGCUGUAAGGUCAGCUACAUCUAGCACUACCACAGUGGAUAAUUGUGAUCCACCACCAGAUCUUUUACAACAAAUGCUUCAGCAAUCAUCAGAAAAAAUGAGGCAAGUUGGAAGCUCAGUAAAGACUUUGGGUGAUACUACACUUGAGGAGGCCAUAGAGUAUUUCUGUUCCCUCUCUAAACUGUUUGCUGAGAAGCUGCAGGCUAAGCAGGCUGCAGAGCAAAGGUUGUCUCAAGUACUUGCAAGGGUAGAGGCAGCAACUAUUAAAAUGUGUAACCUAGAGGAUUCUGCCCUGCACAGUGAGGACAGUGGUAUUGGGGGAGAGAAUGAGAGUUUGACAGGAUCUGAAAGGCACCAAUGCCACCGUGGGAGUGCUGGAUCUGGAAGUUGUGGGUCCGAAGUCAACAUUCAGGGUAUGUUUCGUAAUUAUCCAAAUAACUUAGCUGAGUUUGUUAGUUAUAAUAAAGAUGAUAAACAGGGAGACAAGGAGGAAGAGGAAAAAUAUGAAGAUGAUGAAAGUUAUCAAGGUGAGAGGAAAAAGUCAAGCUCUUCUCUACCAGAUCCCAGUCCUGCUCUCCGUUACAUGCAUGUGAACUCUAAGAAAGAUCAGAAGCCUAUCUUUAAACAGCUUUUUACUGCAACCAAAGCGGAACACUUUUCAUCCAGCAGCUAUAUAAACUUAUUGACAGAGCUACAAACGAGCCAGAAAGACUUUGAUCAAAAAAUGAAAAAAAUUUCUGAAACGCGAGGACUAAAUGACUUUGAAAGGCCUCAUUAUAAUUUGUAUCAAGCUGGAGUUAGACGACAUUCUUUAGAUGGAUCAGCUGGUGUACAAAAAAGCCAAGCAAGAACAAAUCAGCCACCAUGUAUAUUAUCUUCACUACCGUUGCCACCAAAUCAACCACUAAAGCGGCACUCAGUCAGAAGGCUCAUAAAUACUUUUAGCCAUGGGGUUGAUGAGAGACCAGGACCAGGUGUUUCUCAUAUUUCACCUCAAAUCAUGAGGCCCGAUAAAAGUUGUAUUCUUCUUCCAGUGUCUAACAUAGUAAACAGUAAUGGAGAGUACUUGGUCAAUGGCAACAACAGUAGGAGCUACCCAGAUAGCAGGGAUGACUUAGAUAUGGAUAAUCUACCACCUCCACCCUUGGAGGUUUUAAUGGACAAUUCCUUUCAACACAAUGAAAGCCAACAACAAAAUGAGAAGAUACAUGAAGAUCCAGUUCUAAGUCUACCAUUAAUACAACAGAACACUGGGAUUUCCCAGCGAAAGAAGAUAGCCUUGCAGAAUGUGGAAAUUCUGCCAAACAAAGCAAAUGUUAAACCAAGAUCAAUGGCUGUGUCACCUGCCCCUCCUGUUAGGCAAGAGGGGGUUACUGAGGUGCAACAUAAACAGCUGCGACUGGAAACAGAGGCACUUGAAAAAACUGAGAAAACAAAUAGACUCCACCAGCAAGGAACAAAGAUUAUUCAUCUGUGCAAUGCAGGAGAAUCCUUUGACAAGAAAAAUAUUCUAGUUCAAAUCUCAGGGGAUUUAACAACAUUUCAAGCUACAAAUAACCAGAGAUUUGAGAGCAAUGAAAUGUUGGGAUCUGAGAUGCCCCCUUGCAAUCUGCCUAUCAUAGCACCACCAGUUUCAAGAGUUCGCUUGCCACCGUCAUGUCCUUCUGUGCGUCACAGCUUUCCAAGUCCCCCAAUGUUCAGACCUCAUUCCAACUCUCGAUCCUCCUCUCACUCUAAUUCUCCAAGAACAGUUACACGUGCAGAUGAUAACAUCACAGAACAGAUCAUUCCAUCUGUGUCCUUUCAUGUUGCCCGCUCUGUCUUCUGUCAAAAUGAGUUGCAAAGUUCUCAAGCCUGCCUGUCCUUUGGAAGUUCUGCGCUGCCCAAAAAAUGGGGAGAGGUCACUCGAGGCAGAUUGUUAAUAAGGGGAAGAGACAACCUAACUCGCCGUACUCAAUCAGAACAAAGGCCUCAGAUGAUCUCCCAUUCAGAGUUUGAAAUAGAUGGCCAUUUGGUGUCCCUACAAACCAAGGAGGAUGAACCUGUUGCAGAAAAAUAAAGGCAGCCCUCUGAAGACAGGAGAGAAGGCCUAAUUGGAUUCAACUACUGUUCUGAAGACAAGCUUGAACUCUGCUGCUUCUGGUUAGGGUUUUAAGGAUAAAACACACUGAGGGAGAGGACCCAGAUUUAUUAUAUAAAACCAUUUGAAAAAUGUUGCUGAAAUGUUUUUAUUGUUGUUUCUUUUAAUUUAGAAAAAUUCAUAUAUAUCUGUGAAUAUAUAUAAUAAUUCGAGUAACAUUUUCUGGCCUUAAACUCUUAUUUUUGAAAACAGAAUUUUUGAUUUUAAUUUAUUUUAUUUUUUCCUGAAUGUUAAGUUUAUAAAUGUAUACAUUUAAAUACACAUAUACUUCUGUUUUGCAAAAUCCAACACUCUUCUAAAUUUUCAAAAGUGUUUUAAGCCCACGGUUAAAAAUUAAGAGAUUGAAAGCUUAUAUCCAUCAAAUGUUUUUGUAACUCAUCUCAUCCAGGUUUUUAAAAAAAAGGUCGUUGUAAAUGCUGAUGGCUGUGGGCAGGAAGGAUCUCCUGUAGCCGUCUGUCUUACAGCAAAUCUGAAGAAGCCUCUGA